CAAGCACUCUAUCAGAAGACGCUAAAUCCGGAAUCGAUGACACUGCAGUUGACGUAUCCGAUAGCGGAUUUACGCGGUAUAAAGUUACACCUGGAGCGUAACUUUUACGGUGUUCAAACUACUGCUCAAAGUAACAUCACCAACAUCGAUUAUGUGAAGCUAAUCUCGAUGUCAUUCAUGGCGGAAAUGAAGACAGGAGCGGACACUGAACGGCUUGGUGCAUGGGAACUGACGCUGUUCGAUUUCUGCAAUAAUUACACAGCUAAUAGCGAUAAUAAGCUGGAGAUACAGAAUGUAAUGGAUAAAUGGGUCGAUUCAGCGGCUGGUCAUGAGCUCGACUUCUCUAUGCGUCACUGA